CGGCACCUGCGGGUCGGGGAGCGGCGGCAGGUGCUGGCCUCCUGCGUGAGAGGUUUCCGUCCUGCUGCGAGUCGAGAUGCCUCUCAAAAGCCCCAAGGCCCAUCAAGUUAGUUCAGCACUCCUUGGUCUGGGUUGUUUCUGUGCAGAGGAAGUGAAAAUCAGUCAAACUUUCUGGAGAAGCAGAAGUUUCUGAUUCGGGCUUAGUGUGACUUAUGCUGGAGGAAGGUGUUCCCUGGACCGUCCUGGAGACAGAAGCAUUGUGUUUCUAGAGCAGCUCGCCUUGGUCCCGCGCCCCUCCGUCCUGCUGCGAUGAGUGGGAAGUCCUUGCUCUUAAAAGUCAUUCUGCUUGGGGAUGGUGGGGUUGGGAAGAGCUCCCUCAUGAACCGCUAUGUCACCAACAAGUUUGACUCGCAGGCUUUCCACACCAUCGGGGUGGAGUUCUUGAACCGGGACCUGGAGGUGGAUGGGCGUUUUGUGACCCUCCAGAUCUGGGACACUGCGGGGCAGGAGAGAUUCAAGAGCCUGAGGACUCCCUUUUACAGGGGAGCAGACUGCUGCCUGCUGACCUUCAGCGUGGAUGACCGGCAGAGCUUUGAGAACCUCAGUAACUGGCAGAAGGAGUUUGUCUAUUACGCUGAUGUGAAGGACCCUGAGCGCUUUCCGUUUGUAGUCCUGGGCAACAAGAUAGACAAAAACGAGAGACAAGUGAGCACUGAGGAGGCCAGGGCCUGGUGCAUGGAGAACGGUAACUAUCCAUACCUGGAGACUAGUGCCAAGGAUGACACCAAUGUGGCGGUGGCCUUUGAGGAGGCUGUGCGCCAGGUGCUGGCAGUGGAGGAGCAGCUGGAGCACUGCAUGCUGGGCCACACCAUUGACCUGCACUCCAGCUCCAAAUCGGGCUCCUCCUGCUGUUAAGAGUGGCUGCUGCUUCGGGAACGGCGCUCAAGCCAGCAGCGGGCUCAGAGUAAGCACGGGCAGCUCGGGGGCACUCUGAGAAGAGUGGCCACAAGGACAAUAGGUGGUCUGCUCCCUGGGGAGUUGCAGUGUCACCAUCUGGAUUCUGGCUGGGGCUUUCGUGCACAGAGCAUGUUUCUGCAGGAGGGAGCUGUUAAAGGAACACGUGAGUGUAGUUCUGCUUCCACCUCUGCCUGGUUUAGCAGGUUUAGAGGACCCAGUCAAAGUCUUUUAUGCUCACUAAAGACAGCAGUGAUCUGAGCUGCAUCAAGACCUGCCUGUGGAACAUAGCUGAGAGCACUCUAGAUGCUCUUGGAAGUAUUUUAGUCCUGAACUCAAAAGCAUACUCGACCCACUGAACUCAUGACCUUACUGCCAAAGGGAAAUCGAAUCAGCAGACUGAAGGAAACCUGUCAUAGAAGCUCUAGCCCAUGUGACUGUGAGAAUGCCAAGUACUGGGGUGGCUGAGAUGUGUGUAUCUGUUGUUUGGGCUAAGUGCUUUGUGUCCUGGGGCUUGACUUGUGCUGAGAACUGUGAAAACUCUGAUCUGAAGCAACCUGUAACAAGGAGAGGUGGAGCUGUGCUUGUGGCAGCACCGCUUCUCCACGGCUGCCUGUUCCCGGUGUGGUUUCCCUCACCUCUUAAGUUUGUCUUGUGUGAGUGUUGCUUUAUGGAGAGACUGCCUGCUUCUUGUUGUAAGAGAUAACUUCCUUGUCUCUUGUGGAGGCUCAACACUGGAUCUGGCUUCUCAUUCCUGGAAGCCCUGGAUGAACAGUAACAGAGCGGACCCUCGCCCGGUCGGCUCAAAGGGUUUAGAGCUGCUCAGGAGAUGUGGAGCAUGAAGCUUCAACUGGUUUCUGUCACAAGUAAUCAGCAUGUCCGUGUGAUGUGCCCUAGCAGACCAGAUGGCAGGUGGGUGGGAUGUCUCCUAGGUGUGCAGGUGGCCCUGUGUGGGUAAAUCCACUCAUUCCAUGUGCUGGGCCAGUGACCACUGCGCUCCCUUAGCUGGCAGAUCAGCAUCUCCAGUUCCUUUAGCAUGUGUGUUCUUGUUGGGAUGGUGCAGCACAGAUCAGUUCACUUUAUUACCUGUUGUGUCAGGUGCAGCACCGCUGAGCACAGUUCACUGCUGCCACUUUCCUGCCUCUUGUUCCCUAGCAGGGAAUCCAGUAUGGUUCCUCUGUAAUUCAUAUGGCAGACUUCACUGGCAGAGGAUGGCCACUCGGUUAAGUGGCCUUUGUUACAGGUUGCUGAGUUCAGUCCACUGAGGGGAGAGCUGCAGUGGUUCCAUCUCUGCUCCAGGUGACUGAAACAUGGUAUUCAUAGGGGCAAGGAGCCUGCAAGAAAAAGAUGCUGGGCCUUGAAGGUCACAGCUCCUGCCUCCUGCUAGGUGUUAGUCCCAAGCUGUCUGUGUAGCAAAGAGAUUAGUGCUUGCUGACUGCUCUCUUUACCAUUGUGACCUCAUGUCCUGCAACUUCCCAGGCAAAUAUUUGUCCAAAACUCUGGCUUUGCCCAUGAGCUCUUAGCAGCCUGCCAUGGGGAGAGCUUCUCUGAGUACCUAUCUGCUGAAUGCAGUUCCCACUGUGAUGAGCUACUGGAUGGUGGAUUUUGUAGCUCAAAUCGAGCAGCCUUGCUUAUGCUGUGCUUUAGAGCAGGGCAGGCUCUGCCCUUCCAGCUGGUGGCUGCUAACCCACCUCUGAGCAUGCAGGGAGCCUCCCCUGGUGGAGCUCAGGGUGAGCCUGCCCUUCUCUGCAAGGCAGCCACGCGUGGAAGGGAACGAAGCUUUAAUGCAAAGUGCUUUAAAGGGAUCUUGUGUCUAAAGGGGGCUGAAGACUCAUGUCUGUGGGGGUGGACAGGGAGUGCUUGUAGUCUCUGGAAAAGCAGAUCCCUUGAGGUGUAAGAGAAGGCUCUGCCUCUGCAGGUGCAACAGAUUUUUACAGCAUACUAAAGUUUUUGUUGCUGUUUGUUUACCAAUGUCUGACCUCUCUGGGCCUUUAGGCUGUGCUUUAGUUUAACACUGCUUGGUAUUUCCUUCAAGGCCCCAGACCCUGGAACCUGUGGUUCCACUGUCCAUCUCUGAGCAGGUGUUGGAGCUGGUUCACAGUGGGGCUCAGGCCCCUGUGCACUGCCCAGCCCGGCCAGAGGCGCUGCUGGGGGAGCUGCCUGCCG